AACAACAACAGGCGUCUCUAACCGACACAGUAUUUCAUACACUAUUAUUCUAACCAAACGAAACUACUUAUCUAGAUAAUAUUAGCGUUAACAUCGAUGCAACCGAUUCCAGAGUAGUUACAGUUUUCUUCGUGUUUAUUUAUAGACACGGCGAGGUGUUGAAAAUGAAAAUGAGUUUGGGUUUAGCCGUGAAGCUAAACGUUUAGCAAGAGGCACUGAGGUGUGUUCACAAAUAACAAAACGAUAGACCGGUCAGGGUGGACAAAAACAACCUAGCUAUGUUAUGGAGUAUCUAGAUUAAGUGUCGGAUCUUACUACAUUACAUUCUGCCCAAAGGACAAAAGGAGAGACAGUCAAACCCAGUUAGUUAUGACCAUGUCGCUGAUCCAGGCCUGCCGCAGUUUGGUCUUAUCUACAUGGCUUUUAUCGUUUUGUUUCGUCCACUUCUUCUGUUUAGAUUUCACCGUGGCCGAGAGAGAGGAGUGGUACACCGCUUUCAUCAAUAUCACCUACAUAGAUCCGAUCACCUCUAUGAUCCGGACGGAGAAGACUGAAUGCGGUCGAUAUGGGGAACAUUCACUGAAACGCGACGCCAAAGGAGUCGUGAUACUUCCAUCUCUUUCCCAGGACUGGCAAGCCUGUGAUCCGGGUACCUUGUUCCCGGUUCCGGUCCAAGGCAGUGCAUGGAUAGCCCUGAUAGCCAGUGGAAACUGCACCUAUAAGGAAAAGAUUCGACAUGCAGCGAACCAAAACGCCUCGGCCAUUGUCAUAUUCAACGUUGGAUCCAGCAACGCCAAUGAUACAAUCACCAUGUCAUAUUCAGGUAUGGGUGAUGUGGUCGCCGUCAUGAUCCCAGAACCGAAAGGUCGCGAGGUCGCCGCUCUGCUGGAGCGGAACGUCACGGUAACCAUGCACAUCACCAUAGGAACGCGUAACCUCCAGAAGUACGUGAGCAGGACGUCGGUGGUGUUCGUCUCCAUCUCCUUCAUCAUCCUGAUGAUCAUCUCUCUGGCCUGGCUGGUCUUCUACUAUAUACAGAGGUUCCGAUACGCCAACGCACGAGACCGUAACCUGAGGCGUCUGGGAGAUGCAGCUAAGAAGGCCAUCAGUAAGCUGCAGGUCAGGACCAUCAGGAAGGGAGAUGGGGAGACGGAGUCAGACUUUGAUAACUGUGCCGUGUGUAUCGAGGGUUACAAGCCAAACGACGUGGUCAGGAUCCUACCCUGCAGACACCUGUUCCAUAAGAACUGCGUGGACCCCUGGCUGCUGGACCACAGGACCUGUCCCAUGUGCAAGAUGAACAUCCUCAAAGCCCUGGGCAUCGCUUUAAAUGCAGACUGUUUGGAUGACGUGCCAUUGGACUAUGAGAUGAUGAGUGUGGGUGGUGGUGGUGGGGGGGUCGAGGUUCUGGGCCUAGAGGCUGUGGUGUCGGGAGGGUCCAGUGACGGGACCAUCAGUGAGGGGGGGUCGGUGGUUCUAGACCCGGGGGUGCGGAGGGUGGGGCUCCCCCAAGACUACCACGACCCAGACCCUCUGAGGGAUAGUCCCAUUACUGCUACUACUGAUACCCACACAGGUGAGUUCCAGCCCAUGACCAGCAGUGCGUCUGUGGCAUCCCUGGUGAUCGCCGUGGAAAUGGGGCUGUCUGACGAGGAACUGUCACUAGAACCACCAACCCCUACUGGGGACAACCAGUCCUGAGACCACAGGGCCUACUGGGGCCACACUUGUGCCAGAACCAUGACUGUACCGGGGUAAGUCUGGUUUAGCGGGGCCCUGGGACAAAUCUAACCUGGGACAGAGGACGGAGACAUACCUGCAGGCUAACAUUUACUUGGACUAUGGCUGCAUGUACCUGGGAUGGACCUACCUGUCUAUGGCUACCCAAGAUGGACCUUCCUGUCUAUGGCUACCUGGGAUGGGCCUACCUGUCUAUGGCUACCAGAGAUGGACCUACCUGUCUAUGGCUACCAGAGAUGGACCUACCUGUCUAUGUCUACCUGGGAUGGGCAUACCUGUCUAUGGCUACCCGAGAUGGACCUUCCUGUCUAUGGCUACCUGGGAUGGAGCUACCUGUCUAUGGCUACCUGGGAUGGGCCUACCUGUCUAUGGCUACCUGGGAUGGGCAUACCUGUCUAUGGCUACCUGGGAUGGACCUACCUGUCUAUGGCUACCCGGGAUGGACAUACCUGUCUAUGGCUACCCGGGAUGGACAUACCUGUCUAUGGCUACCUGGGAUGGACCUACCUGUCUAUGGCUACCUGGGAUGGGCCUACCUGUCUAUGGCUACCUGGGAUGGACCUACCUGUCUAUGGCUACCCGAGAUGGACAUACCUGUCUAUGGCUACCUGGGAUGGACCUACCUGUCUAUGGCUACCCGGGAUGGACAUACCUGUCUAUGGCUACCCGGGAUGGACAUACCUGUCUAUGGCUACCUGGGAUGGACCUACCUGUCUAUGGCUACCUGGGAUGGGCCUACCUGUCUAUGGCUACCUGGGAUGGACCUACCUGUCUAUGGCUACCCGAGAUGGACAUACCUGUCUAUGGCUACCUGGGAUGGACCUACCUGUCUAUGGCUACCCGGGAUGGGCAUACCUGUCUAUGGCUACCUGGGAUUGGCCUACCUGUCUAUGGCUACCUGGGAUGGACCUACCUGUCUAUGGCUACCCGAGAUGGACAUACCUGUCUAUGGCUACCCGGGAUGGGCAUACCUGUCUAUGGCUACCUGGGAUGGGCAUACCUGUCUAUGGCUACCUGGGAUGGACCUACCUGUCUAUGGCUACCUGGGAUGGACAUACCUGGAUAAACGUACCUGGGAUGGCCCUACCUGGGAUGGCCCUACCUGGGAUGGCCCUAUCUGGGAUGGACCUACCUGGGAUGGCCCUACCUGGAUAAACGUAUCUGGGAUGGCCCUACCUGGGAUGGCCCUACCUGGGAUGGCCCUACCUGGGAUGGACCUACCUGGGAUGGACCUACCUGGGAUGGCCCUACCUGGGAUGGCCCUACCUGGGAUGGCCCUACCUGGGAUGGACCUACCUGGGAUGGACCUACCUGGGAUGGCCCUACCUGGGAUGGACCUACCUGGGAUGGCCCUACCUGGGAUGGACCUACCUGGAUAAACUUAUCUGGGAUGGCCCUACCUGGGAUGGACCUACCUGGGAUGGACCUACCUGGGAUGGACCUACCUGGGAUGGCCCUACCUGGGAUGGACCUACCUGGGAUGGACCUACCUGGGAUGGACCUACCUGGGAUGGACCUACCUGGGAUGGACCUACCUGGGAUGGACCUACCUGGGAUGGCCCUACCUGGGAUGGCCCUACCUGGGAUGGACCUACCUGGGAUGGACCUAUCUGGGAUGGGAUUACAUGGCUCACCUCGUACCUACAUGGGGAAAAGACUGGCUAUGGUUUAUGGUCCUCUGCCCUGUAUGGAUUAUGGAGCUGUAACUACAGUAUGGAGUAGAAGGUCUGGCUAUACCUUUCUGAGAUAUGGACUUGGCUGGUUGGUUACCUGGAGGGCUAUUCUGUGUCAUGGAGCUGUUACAUGGAGCCCAGGAAAUGCAUCUGGAACAAAGUGUUUCACAAUAAGAGUUCAGAUCACACACUGACCAAUAUGGAAACAGUUUGAAACGGGACCUUGGGUCUGUUAAACCCAUAUCUCUAGAAGUGACAGUUUGAAACGGGACCUUGGGUCUGUUAAACCCAUAUCUCUAGAAGUGACAGUUUGAAACGGGACCUUGUCCACCAUCACGCAGAGACACACAGUACUGUUGUAGCUUAAAUGACACGAGGUUCACUCAAUACUCGUGAACAACCGGUGCAGAUAUCACAGGGACUUUUAUUUUGGAAAAAAGCCCUCUGGGAGAUGUAGUCAGUGGACCUGCUCUGACAUUAUCUCCGCUGUGUCUGGACCGAGGCUGGUCUCUACCUACGGUAACCAUGGAUACGAACACACAACUACGUAGUGUUGCUCCAACAACACUGCAGUAUUUUUAAAGUACCACACCAGUAUUAUCUAUACCCUGCCUGUGUCUAUUUCUAUGGUCAUAUAUCUGCCGGUCAGUCUGUCUAUAUCUGUACCAUGAUCUCACAGUAUUGCAUUGUUUUAUUUCCUGCUUUUUAAAGUUGUUUUUUUACUACAUACAGUACCUUUGUCUGGCUUAACUGUCCAAGCAGAGUUGGUUGUGUCUUUUGACUGGCCAAUCAGAGUUGGUUGUGUCUUUUGACUGGCCAAUCAGAGUUGGUUGUGUCUUUUGACUGGCCAAUCAGUUGGUUGUGUCUUUUGACUGGCCAAUCAGAGUUGGUUGUGUCUUUUGACUGGCCAAUCAGAGUUGGUUGUGUCUUUUGACUGGCCAAUCAGAGUUGGUUGUGUCUUUUGACUGGCCAAUCAGAGUUGGUUGUGUCUUUUGACUGGCCAAUCAGAGUUGGUUGUGUCUUUUGACUGGCCAAUCAGAGUUUGUUGUGGUUGUGUUGUUGCCAUGGCGUUGCCAAUAACUGCCAUUUUUAAAACCAGGGCCAUGUUUAGUAGGAAAAGGUUUUGGAACGUUCUAGAUAAAAAAUUCUAUGAAUAGAGCCGCUGUGAUUUCAGUAUUUUACAUGUCAGAGAGGCAUGUUUGUUUGAUAUUGAACUAAAAUAUAAACACAACAUGUAAAGUGUUGGUCCCAUGUUUCAUGAGCUGAAAUAAAACAGAAUGUUCCAU